AUGACUGCAAUCGGCCUCGCCAUGUAUAGUGGUGUCAACUGCUACCCCUCCCAAUCCACUACGAUCACUGUCGAACAGGAACAGCAGAUCUCACAACUUCCGGAGGAGCAGUACAUCUCCACAUUCUUCUGUCGAGCUCUAUAUGACUACCAGACACAAGAUGCUUCCUCUCUCUCCUUCCACAAGAAUGAAAUUAUCGAAGUUCUCACCCAGCUCGAGUCAGGCUGGUGGGACGGACUCCUCGGCGAUGAACGGGGAUGGUUUCCAUCCAAUUAUGUAGUAGUGUUAUCUGAUGAGGAGGCAGAGAUCGCUCUUUCCAACCAUGAUGCUACAACUCAACAGGGGCUUUUCCAGCAAAUAAAUGAAGUAGCUCAUGAUGCUCAUUCAAACGACAUCCACUCCCGGACACAGGACCCCCACUUAUCAGACAGUGAAUGGUCGCGAAAUAAACGUAACCCAUCUGUUCCAUCCAACGGUCUUCUUGAAUCCCGCAGUGCUGCGGAACACAGCGCGACCCUGUCAAGCGAUUUUUGGAUGCCCCAAGUCACACAGGAUGGCCAGAUUUACUAUGUUAACACGCAGACAGGCCAGAUUUCGCGAGAUUUACCCAUGGAAGGCGAUGAUGUAUCGGCUGGUGAACUUGCUGGACUGGCUGCUUCUCCAGCAAGUUCGCGGUCAGGCACAAGCGCAGGGCUAGGACUCAGCGCCUUGACGGAAUCUUCUAUCCCAGGUUUUGGUGUUCUCAAACGCUCCGGGACGCCUGAGCCUUGGGCGAGACGACUUGCCGAUGAUGGCAUGUCUUACUAUUACUGGAAUAAGCUCACUGGUCAAGUGAGCUGGACAAUCCCAGAAACAGAGGCUGCUGUGCAGAAGGGCAGGACUCGCGCCCUCACCAGUUCCUCCACUGCCUCAUCGAAUUUAUUCAACAGUCCGGCUGAGGAUUCGGACCCGACGCGAUUUCGAUCUGAUUCAACGACAUCCCAAACCCGACAUGGGCAGGACCGGAGUCACAGCAAGCCGGAGCAUGUCAGUGAUUCUGAAGAUUCCUGCCUAUACUCUCCAGACCACGGUGAUUCACCAUCAACCAGUGGUCGCUCUCAAAGUGGUCAGGAUCUUUUUGCGGACCAAUUAGCUCUUAGGAAGCCUUCCGUUGAACUGACCGCAGCUGAGAAAAUUGCCCAAUCACUCCAGCAAUCAUUAGCACCACCACUCCCGGACCUUAUUUCCGAUCUAUCCCAUAUCGCACAUAACGCCAUCUCUGCCGUUGUCCAGAAAAACCAGUCUCUGGUCGGCGUAUCUCGAAGAACAGAACACGGACAGGUCCUUGACAGCCUCAUCAGGGCUGUUGUCAUCACCGUCCGCAAUCUACUUUACAUAUCCGCACCUCCUGGUCACAUACCCAGCAACCUCAUACCACGCGGUGCUCGUGGACGCCGCGAGACUACUGCAUCACAGACGCUUCUGAAACCAGCUCAACGGAAAGUAACUGCUACGUUAUCCAAGCUCGUUCUGUCUGCUCGAGCCAUGGAGUACGACUCGGGUCCUGCGGCGCAUGAUACAGCAUCUCGUGUUGAAAGCGACGCGGCAGAGCUUGAUCGUGCCAUUGUGACAUUCGUUAUUGAAGUUCAACGGUGCCAAAACGAAAGACUUGGUAGCGUAGGAGCAAAACGAGUUCUGGGUUGCUUUUCCGCAGUCUACCUUGGACUGGGGCUAGUCGGUGCGGGGUAUGCAGGGUCUUGGAGAGGUUUUGGCUGGGUGCCGCUUGAUGAUAAUGAUGAAGCCCCUCAGCGAAUUUUAGAUGGCGAUGUUUUCUCUGAGUUCAAGACGCACAUGGUAUCAAUGCAGGCGAGGUUCGGAACAUUCUACGCCGCGCUCAAGACGAUCGGCGAUGAGUCUCAGCAACGAGUAUGGAUUGCCGGUCGCGAGCUUCUUUCCGGCCUUUCAUCACUCCUCCUAUUCGUUGCCAAUAUCCACAUCGCUCGUCACGUUGAUAUCGAUGGUUUCUACUCCAAUAUGGCGGAUGCUGAACGUGCUGCUCUGUACACUCAAACCGUGGACAAGGCUCGGUUGCUCACACGCACGCUCGAGGCGGUAGUACAAGCUCUGUAUGAUGACGCAGCUACACUGCUUCUCACGAUACAGCGAGUUCGUCGUCUUACUUACAGAGUCUCGCGACACGAUCGUGACUCCCAGUGCGAGUACCUAGACGCUAUCUCCGUCUCCCUCAAGUCAAAUCUCCAAUUCCUCAUGCAAACCCUUGAUACCCUGCUUUCCCUUGGCCACGAUCAAGCAGAUAUGGCACAAGGGGAAUACACAGGUGCAAUAGAGUGGCGCAUGUCACGUUUAAGCAUCAUUGACUGCAACUUUGACGCCCGUCCCAUGUCGGUCCUCGACCCAGCAGAUCCAGAGAGCGAGGACAUUGUUGACAUCGAAGUUGCUUUUGGUGCGUCUGGAAUGAAAAAGUCGGCGGCUACUCUCGGUGACCGAGCGCCAACAUCACGAAGUCAAUCGCAAUUAUCUGACACCACUAUUACCCUUACCGAUCGGUCACUCAAGUCGACGGCCUCGAGCUAUGACCCCACUAUGUCUGUACACACCCUGGUCCCUUCAACGUUUGAUAAACCGCAGGAUGUCCUGUCGAUGAGCGACUCGGCUUCAGUGCUUGACGACGACUCCGCGACCACGAGAACAGCAACGAAGAUCAAGAAAAUCUUUGGCGAUGACGCUCCCGAGCACAUUAUCAGCACAAAGCCCUGGUAUCUGCGACCCGACUACACGAAGAAUGACAUGACUAUCGAUGUAGAUGGAAGCAUUCGAGCAGGAACUGUUCCAGCUUUAGUCGAACGUCUAACGUCACAUGAUCCUUCAGACCCUACGUUCAUCAAAACAUUCUUGAUGACGUACAAGUCAUUCACCACCCUUGAUGACUUUUUCGACCACCUCGUCCACCGCUUCCGCAUUCAAAUUCCAGAAGGCCUAAGUCCUACUGAGUCAGAAGAAUGGAGAAAGCUCAAGCAAAAUGUCAUUCAGAUGCGCGUUCUAAAUACUCUCAAGGCCAUGGUUUCAGAUGAAGAUUUCCUUGAGAAAGAGGAUAUGUACAUCCUGAAUCGAAUGAAAGAAUUCUUGCAGACCGAGGAUGUUAGCAAGUUUGUAGGCGCAAAGCAGCUACUUUCACUCGUUGAACGUGCACGUGGAGGAGACGUCAAGAAAGGCUUGACUCCUACUUUGGGCAGUCCACCUCCCUCGAUCUUACCCAAGCACAAUAAGAAGUUGAAACUUUUGGACGUAGACUCCUUGGAAUUGGCACGGCAGUUGACGAUCAUGGAGAGUCACUUAUACCAGAAGAUACGGCCAGUGGAAUGUCUGCAGCGCUCGCGGGAGCAAAAGACAGAUCACAACGAUAAUAUUGCUCGGGUAAUCCAGACAAGUAAUCGGAUUGCUAACUGGGUAGCCGACUCCGUUCUCACUCACGAGGACUCCAGGAAGCGUUCGGCUAUCUUGAAGCAGUUCAUAAGUGUGGCCGAUCGAUGUCGCUCGAUGCACAAUUAUUCGAGCAUGGUUGCUAUAGUAUCUGGACUGAACUCGCCUCCUAUAAGGCGCCUCAAGCGCUCAUGGGAGCAAGUGAAUGCCCGACAUAUGGCUCAGCUUAGCGCAUGCGAGUUGACCAUCGAUUCAGGCAAGAACUUCAAUAACUAUCGUUCGACGCUCGCAAGAGUCUCGCCCCCUUGUGUGCCUUUCAUUGGGGUCUUCCUUACUACACUAACGUUCAUCCAAGAUGGAAGCAAGGACACUCUUCCAGGUAACUUGGUGAACUUCCGAAAACGACAGAAAGCUUCGGAGGUGAUCCAAGAUAUUCAGCGCUGGCAAACAUUCCCUCAUAAUUUCAAUCCUAUUACGAGCGUUCAAACUUACCUUGAGGAAUCACUUGCUAAGUUCAGCGAGCAGGUUGAUGUAGGCGAUUACUUUUGGAACCUCAGUCUGGAACGCGAACCCCGAGAGAGAGAAGACGAGAAGAUGGCUCGAUUGCUGCAAGAGAGCGGAUUUUUGUAA